GUUGUGCUGGUUUCCCCAAUAUUGUGUACUGUCUGACCCUUCGCCAAAUAAGAAACAUUUUUAAUGAAUUAAUAUUCUUCGCUUAGUAUUGUCUUUCAAAUCUACCCCUUUCUUUUCAUUCCCACUGCCCCUACCCUAGAACCAGACUUCAUCAUCUUUUCUAACUAGUCACACUUGCCUCCAAUCUCUCUCACCUCAACCCAUGAUCUAUGUCACAGGAAGAAUAAUCUUCUUAAAAUAGUUUUUUAACUAUCGCUAGUACAAGUCCUUCAAUGGCCACAUGAAACCUGUAAUUUUUAGACAGGACAACUUGUUCAAGCAGCAAAGCAGUAAAUUGAAAAGAAUUCUAAUUGCAAGAUAUUCCUAUUUUCUGUACACUGGUGUUCAAGGUCAUCACCACACUAUGCAAUCACAUAUCUCACUGCCACAUCCCUACAGGAACCCAGCUCCUCAAAGGCCAGUUAGUAUAAUGGUUAGAAGCAUGGGUUUGGGGGCCAGCGUGCCUGAGCUGCACUCUGUCUCUGCUCCUUGAGAGCUGUGAGACCUAGUGCAAGGCACUUCGCCUUUCUGUACCACACUUUGUUUUUAAAAUGAGGAUAACGAAAGAACCGACCUCACUGGGUUAACUCUGUGAAUUAAAUAAUACUUAAAAAUGCUUAGAGUGCUUGCUUCAGCAGCACAUAUACUAAAAUUGGAAUGAUACAGAGAAGAUUAGCAUGGCCCCUGUGCAAGGACGCAAGGAUGACAUGCAAAUUUGUGAAGCCUUCCACAUUUUUGAGACAGGAUGAGAAGGCAGGAAGGGACAGAAGCUGGUUGAAUGGGACAUGGGAAACCCAGGCCGGGGGGAGGUGUGCUGUCAUGUUGUGGGGAUUGCAACUAAUGUCACAUAUUAAUGUGUGCAUAAAUUUUUGUAUGAGAGAUUGACUUGAGCUGUAAACUUUCCCCUAAAGCACAAUUGAAAAAAAAAAUGCUUAGAACAUUUUAGAGAAUAGCCUGUGCCCUACAAAAACACAAACCAAAUCAGUUUCUAGUCAAUUCCAACUCACAGUGACCCCAUGUGUGUCAGAGUAGAACUGUGCACCAUAAGGUUUUCAAUGGCUGGUUUUUUGGAAGUGGAUUGCCAAAGCUUUCUUCUGAGGUGACCCUGGUUGGACUCAAAUUGCCAACCUUUCAAUUAGCAGCCAAGUGUAUAACCAUUCACGGCACCCAGGACUCUGUGCCCUGCAGUAAAGCACAAAAUAAAUAUUAUUCAUGAGUUCUGUGUUUGCAAGUUCACCUACUCACUAACAAUUAUUUGUAACCCCAAAAUCAAUAUUCCUAGUGCUUUCCUAGUCAUUCUCAGACAUGCACAGAGCCGUGAAAAAUUCCCAGCUAAGGUCCAACAAGGUUGAUUCCCUGUUCACUAAUUCAGUGUUGGGUGGGGAGAGAUAAUAGAACAUGACUACUGCUGGCUCAACAGUUAAGCCCACCACUGCUCUGCCUGAGAAAGACCUGGCGAUCUGCUCCCAUAAAUAUUACAACUAGAAAACCCUAUGUGGGAGUUCUACACUGUCUUAUAGGGUCACUACAAGUCAAAAUCGACUCGACGGCACCCAAAAGCAACACUGCAAAUAACAAGACCUGACUGUAGGGUUUUUUAUUACUCUAUGCUGUAUCCUUAGUGCUUACAACAGUGUCCAGCCCAUGGAUAAGGAAACUGAAGGUUGGAGAGGUUAAGUGAUCUGCCCCAAGGCACGUUCAUCGUAAGAAUCCGAGCUAGAAUUCCAGUCUGUUUUUAUUUCAGAGCCUGCCCUGUUGACCACCAAGUUAUACUGUAUCCAAGAGACAAGAGGGCGCAGGGCAGUGCUGGGUGCCAGCAGCUUGCUGCAGGGGAUAGGACCUGGGCAACCCCCGAGCAAGGGCACAGAGUCCAAGGGGGCAAAUGGGCACCCCCUUGGAGUGUGCCCAGAGGUAGCUCCUGAAAUCAAGUCUGAGACCCCAGAUGUGCCCAGAGACCUGAAGAGGCUGAGGGGCUGAGGAGCCUUAGGGCUAUGCCUACUCAGAGCUAGAGACUGUUUGAGCAACCUCUGAUUUUUCCUUUACCCCAAUCCCUGUUGCUAUGGAGACCACUAAUGGGACUGAGACAUGGUACAAGAGUCUGCAUGCUGUGCUGAAGGCCCUAAAUGAGACUCUCCACAGCAACUUGCUCUGCCGGCCAGGGCCAGGGCGAGGGCCAGACAACCAGACUGAAAAACGACAGGCCAGCCUACCUGGCCAUGAUGACAACUCCUACACGUACAUUCUCUUCAUCAUGUUCCUGUUUGCUGCCACAGUGGGCAGCCUCAUUCUGGGAUACACCACUGACAAAGUGGACAAGCGCAGUGACCCCUAUCAUGUGCACAUCAAGAACCGUGUGUCUGUAUUAUGAUGUUCAAAAGCCAAGAAUGGCACUAGAUCAAGGCACUUGAGGCUUGUCUUCUGAGGCCUCCAGAACUCAGAUGUAGACCACAUCAGGUCUCCAUGUCCCUAUCUGUGAGAUCAGGAAGAAGCAGUGCUAAGGGAGAUCAUCAUGGGGAUGAGAGGAGAGGGGCUGACAGAGCUGGGCCUUGUGGAUAAGGAUUUUUUCCAGGCAAAGAUAGACUUUACAGACAGUGGGAACCCCAUAAAAAACAUAGAAAUAGCAAAGGAUAAUGACUGAUGACUAGUCUCAUGGUUGGGGCGUUGGGGGUGAGGGUUGGAGGAAAGAGAAGAGGAAGUUGUAGGGGAAAGAAAUGAAACAGGAAGAUGCACCGAGGACUUUUUCUGUGUUAUCUUCAACAGCCAUGAGAAACAGCAGUGCUUAUCCUAUAUCACAAAUAGAUUAUAUCUGCUCACAAAUUUACUUAAUCUAUCUUUAUAUUUGUUCACAUUUUAUAUUUUUCAACACAAUUUAACAUCUGUGAUUUUACCCCACUGUGAGGUAAACGGGGUAAGUGCCAUUGUAUCCAUUUGGGCCUAAGUGGUGCCAUGAUUGGAACCCAGGCCUCUGGUCUCCUUGCCUAGUGCUUUCCAAAACUCUCCCCAGGACUUGUGGGGCCUGAUGCUUAUGUAAUUCUGUGGAGCCUCUUUAAGAAAAAUAAUUUUAAAAUAUCUUACUUUUGUAAAUAUUAUAAAAACAUAUCAUCAUGUUAAUAUGUUUCUAAGGCCCCUUCUAGGGCCUUAGGAAGAAGCCCAUGCAAGUGUGGGUCCCUGAAUGUUAAACCUCACUAGCUCCACAGCUCCAGGGUUUACCAGCCUCUUGACCUAUCAUGUUACAGUGCCCUUCCCAACCCAAACCCCAUGACUGCACUACCUCCCAAGACAGCCUCUUCCAUUUUGAUUGAGUUUUGAUUGUGAAAAAUUCUCCUGGUACCAAGGUGAAAUCUGCUUCCUUGAAGCUUCCACCCAUUGCUCAUAGAAGAUGACAUUAAGAGAAGCAGAGUGUAAAAUGCAGGUACAUGGUCCGGUGGAAAGAGAGUCAGCCAUGGUUAUACCACUAAUGUGGUGUGUGACCUUGGGCUGGACACUUCUUCUCUCUGAUCCUUUCUCCUCUUCUGUACAAUGAAAUAGUUAGACUUGAAAGUAUCUAAGGGCCCUACCAGUUCUGACAUUCUAGGCUUCAUGUAUAUUAGGUUGAACCAUCAGAAAUUGCUGUUUUUGUAGGUCAAAAACAGGUAAAUAUCCAUAGUUUCAUAUGAUUCAACCUAAUACAUGCAAUGUGGCAAGUGUAGACUUUACAAGCUAUUUGCUCCAAAUCCCAGACCAGUACUUCUCGUUGUUCUCUUUGUCAGAUUUCAAUUUAAAGGAUCUCCACGAGGUCUCCAGAAAGCCCUCGUUGAAAGAUACAUAUUUGUGCAUAACAAAAACUCUGAAGGAAUGUUUUGAUAGUGGUUAUCUCUGAGAAGUAGAAUUAUGAGUGACUUUCUCUUUUGACUUUAUACAUUUAUGUAAUAUUUGAUUUAUUUAAUCAUAAGUAUGUUUUGCAGAAUAAGGGGAAAAAAGAAAAACUAUUUCCACUUUGAAAAAAAAUAACGAGCGCCUAUGUGUUUCCUGAAUGGAGGAUUACAAAACACUCUUGCUCUCCUUAGCAGUUAUGUUGACUCCCUGCAAAUCUGUGCUGAGCCCCCUGUGUGUGCUCGCCCUUCCUCAUCUCUACUUGAUGCAGGAGGUGGAGACCUGCUUAAGGAGAUGUGAUAUAUGGGAAAAUAAUGGAUUGGGAAGUCUACAAAUGUAUGGAGUUUAAGAUACCACCCAGCCCAAACAACCAAAUAAAAUAUCAAAUGCAAAAAAAAAAAAAAAA